AUGCGACAGAUAAUGAAAAUGAACGUCUAAUUCAAUUUCAAUAUGGUGAUCAAGCUGUCUAGAAACUUAGUUAUUCCGAAAGAAAACUAUUAAUUUAUCAGUAACGAAUGUAUCAUGUUUAGCAACGAUAUGUACAUGUGAUAAAGUAUUAGUUUAUUAGUGCUUUUUAUUAUUUUUUAGCAAAAUGGAAUCGAUGCCUCCGCUAGAAACCGUCUAUCAAGCGGUUUUCGCACUCUAUCGAAACCCCGACACGGCCGAAAAAGAAAAGGCUUCAAUGUGGUUGAACGACCUACAAAGAUCUGUGUUUGCAUGGAAAGUAGCAGAUGAGAUGUUGCACCAACAACAUGACACAGAGAGCUGCUAUUUCGCCGCUCAGACGAUGAGAACAAAGAUCCAACUAGCGUUCCAUGAAUUACCACCUGAGGCUCAUAACUCACUGCGAGACUCGCUGCUUGAGCACAUUGCCAAAGUAAAUGAGUCCACCAAGUCCAUCAUCGUCACUCAGCUUUGUCUGGCACUAGCAGAUCUGGCCCUCCAGAUGCCUACAUGGCAGAAGCCUGUGCUGGACCUCAUUAACCAAUUUAAUUCUACAGCCGUCUCUCCACUGCUAGAAGUAAUGACUGUUCUUCCGGAAGAAGUAAACUCUCGUACUCUCCGACUGGGUGCAAACAGGAGACAGCAAGUCCUGCAGGAACUAACAGCCUGCGUGCCAGUUGUAUCAUCCUUCCUGAAUGCAUGCCUGGCGAGUGGAGGAGACAAUGUCCAAGUGCAAGUGAAGGUUCUGAGAUGCUUCACCUCUUGGGUUCAAAUACAGGCCUUCACACUACCAGAAGUCGCAGAGAACGCAGUUGUAGGCUAUGCCUUCCAGAUUCUCUGCAAUCGACAGGAGAGUUGUCAACUGCAUGAUGCAGCUGCUGACUGCGUCUGUGCUCUACUCCAAUGUCUGGAGGAUAACAACAAUCAGCAGGUCCUGGAGCUUCAGCUCUUCACAGGAGUUAUGGCCCUGGAGGAAGGGUUUCACCUUUCUGUUGCCCAUGAGGACCAGGAGAAAUCAGUAAACUACUGUAGAAUAUUUACGGAAUUAGCUGAGGCAUUUCUGGAGAAGAUUGUCAAUGGCAGCACAGACACCAAGCCUCACUAUGCUCUCAAAAUUCUGGAUCUAGUGUUGACCUGCGUGGGCCAUCAUGACUACGAAGUGGCAGCAAUAACGUUUAACUUGUGGUACCGGUUGUCAGAAGACUUAUAUCAAAAGAACAAUGACAUGUUGCUGACUGUUUUCAAACCCUACGUGGCUCGGCUGAUAGAGGCACUGUGUAGGCACUGCCAGAUGGAACCUGACCAUGAAGGUCUUCUGGAGGAUGGUGAUGAUUUCAUGGACUUCAGAACUAAAGUGUCAGAGCUGAUCAGGGAUGUCGUGUUCAUCGUAGGCUCCUCCAACUGUUUCCGCCAAAUGUUUAUGAGUCUUCAGUCUCCUGGAGUGACAUGGGACUCUUCAGAAGCUGCAUUAUUCAUCAUGCAGGCGGUUGCCAAGAACAUCAUUCCCGAAGAAAAUGAUGUGGUACCAAAAGUGGUAGAAGCCAUUCUGAACCUCCCUCCCAACACACAUGUAGCUGUCAGGUACACGUCCAUUCUGCUGCUUGGUGAAUUGUGUGAGUGGAUCGAGAAACACCCCGAGUCUUUAGAGCCUGUGUUGAACUGUCUGCUCUGUGGACUGCAGCAACCGCAGCUAGCCUGCGCCGCAGCCACGGCACUGCAAAGUGUUUGCGCUGCAUGCCGCAGCCAUAUGAGCCAACACUUCAACGGCCUCGUGCAACUGGUGCAGGCGCUGGACAGCUUCUGUAUCAGUCAGGAUGCAGCUAUUGGGCUUCUCAAGGGGGUGGCUAUCAUCCUGGGUCGUCUACCACCCCAACAAAUAGACCAGGCCAUGAAGGAGAUUUGUCUUGUCCAGGCGAAACCGCUCUGCGAUCUCGUUCAGGCGAAUGUGAAGCCAGAGCGAGGUAAGAAGACUGAUCCGAUGUUGUGGUUGGACAGACUGGCUGUGAUAUUCAGGAACACAAACCCAACAGUGGAGAAUGGAGCUGUACAUCCUUGCCUAGGCGUUAUAACAGAAAUGUGGCCUGUGCUGUCCACUACCAUGGACAAGUAUCAGACAGAAGGAGCCAUUAUGGAGAGGUGCUGUCGGUGCCUCAGGUUCGCCAUACGCUGCGUAUCUCAGCAAGCCACUCACCUGCUGGAACCUCUCGUAAAACAGAUGGUGAGGAUAUACUCAAGUCAUCCCCACAGUUGCCUGCUAUACCUAGGCAGUAUAUUGGUGGAUGAGUAUGGCAGUGACAGCCAUUGUGUACAAGGACUACUAGAAAUGCUGCAGACCUUCAUCACACCCACCUUCACACUACUACAGGGUGAACUAGGCCUCAAACAUCACCCGGACACUGUAGACGACUUCUUUCGUCUCUGUGACAGGUUUCUUCAGAGGGCACCCGUGGCACUUCUAACAUCUGUGUCAUUCCCAUCCAUCCUGCAGUGUGGAUUGAUGGCUGUACAGCUGGACCAUCGAGAUGCCAACGCCUCUGUCAUGAGGUUCUUCUCCGACCUGGUUCACGCUGGCAUCUCUCAUCGGGAGAGAGAGGACUUUGAGACGAGACAUCGCCUGAUACGAGAGGUGUUGUUAGAACACGGCCGCACACUGGUAACUAACCUAAUACAGGCGUCAGUGUUCUGCCUGCACUCUUAUAUGCUGUGUGAUGUUGCCACAGUCCUCUUAGAGCUGGUCAGCUGGGAUCGAGAGCUGUUCAGUUCAUGGUUGUAUGAAACUUUGUCAUUGUUACCAAAGCAGAGUUCCGGAGGAAGCGUUACAGCAACGGAAAACCAACUAUUAGAGUUCCAGGAAUCACUUACUAAGGCUCACAGUGCCAAAGUAAUCACGCACAGUCUAAGGGAUUUCGCCCGACUCUAUAGAUAGGUGUAACAUUACAUUUUAUUUAUUUUUAUAUUCAGAUUAUUUGUAAAAAAUAAACUAUGUGUUUUAUUUCAA